AUGUCGAAGAGAAUAAUGAAUGAAGUAUUCUGUACUGCUGAAGAUAUGGGACUUCAAAUAUUUUACCAGGACUGUGAUAGCAUGCAUAUUUUCAAUGAAGACAUACCAAAGCUUGCAGCAGAGUUUAAGAAGAGAUACGGUAGAGAACUUAUUGGUAAAACAUUAGGUCAAUUUCAUUCUGACUUCGCAGAAAUAACACCUGGAAAACAAAGUUUAGCAUACAAGUCAAUAUUUUGUGGAAAGAAGACCUACAUAGACUUACUCACGAAUGAUUUAAAUGAAGUUGCAUUCCAUGCACGUUGUAAAGGUGUAAAACAAGACGUCCUUGCUUUAACAGCUAAUGAAAUGUUUCCUGAAGCUAUACAAUGCUAUUACAAUGAAGUUAAGAACAUUCACAUACCUGUUGGAACAUAUGACAAAGACUCUGAGUUCAGUUUAAUGAAACUUUACAAAGCACUUCAUGAUGGUCAAGAGAUUGGAUUUGACUUAUGUAAGUCAUGUCAACCUUGCUUUGCUGAAAAGUUUAACUUCUCAAUAACGACUAAAACAAGCUUUAUUCGUAAGUUGAAGUUCUGA